AUGAGCUUCCAGAUUUACCAGAAUGCUUCCACCGAGGUGUGGUCUGCCAUCAACCCUCCUGGUCAACAUGCAUCUGGGAGCCUCCUACACCUACCUCUCUUUGGGCUUCUGUUUCCACCGCAAGGAUGUGGCCUGGAGGCAGCACACCACUGCUCUCACGCGUUGGCCGAGAAGCGUGAGGGUGCUGAGUAUGUCCCAAAGAUGCAAAACCAGUGCAGCAGCUACGUCCUCUUCCAGGACUUGCAGAAGCCACCCCAAGAUGAGUGGGGUAAAACCCGGGACACCACGGAAGCCACUUCUGUUCUAGAGGAGAACCUGAGGUGGGCCCUGCAUUCUGCCCGAGCAGACCUUCAUCUCUAUGACUCCUGGAGAACGGCUUCUUAG